AUGCUGAUUCAAAAUGGUGAUUGCACCAUGCAACAACGGCAGCGAGUUACUAGUUCUUUGGAGGGUAUUAUGUUCUUUCUUACAAUCGUUGUAACGCGGGCUGAUCGUGUCUAUCGUUGCAUGUGUUUUUCCCGAAAUAUCAAACGGUUAACAUCAGAUGUGGAUAUGUCAUCAAUUGGCAUUACUGAAUUGAUGGAUGCGGUACAAAUGCCUACUUGCACAUAUAGCAUUCAUGCUGAAAGCGUAGAUGGACCACUUGAUUUGGAUAGAUGCGCUAUUGAUCCAAUUAUUCAACCUGAUGUGAAAUAUGAUGGAGAUUUGAAAAAAGUGAACAUCAUAUUAGAAAAAGGUGCGCAUGAUAUAUCAGAUUUACAUAACGGUCAUCAGAUUGAUUUGGUUGCUACAAUCAGCAUGCUUAAUAACAUUGAGGAAAACGGGGCAUCUGAUCCUCGACCACGAUAUUUGGUGCGAGAAGUCAGUAAGAAGGUACUGCUAUCGAAGCAGAAUAUUGGAAAGCGUGACAAGACCAUUUUACUGAUUCCGAAAAGGUAA